CUUGACGUCACCGCCACUAAGCUUUCAACUGAUUUCGGCCGCUUUAUUUUAAAAACAUUGUAUAAUGGGGAAAUCAGACUGUUGAAGCUAAAUAAGAAGCUGUAAUGGCGGACUGCCAGCACUCUCGCCUGUUCGGGGGUGAUGACGUUUAAUGUCCCCGACAGGGAUUGUAGUUGUAUUGAGCAACUUGUUAGCAACCGCCUUUUUUACGACACGUAGAAGCUUCAAAAUUCACAAGUAGGGUAUUUACUGACGUGUUUUAUGUCGUAGAACAAAACCUGAAACUUGCUUAAGCUUUUGUUAACCACAGAUCUUAUUUGAGGCGUUGUUUCCGUGGGUGCUCUGACAUGUUCUCCCCGUGUCAGCGUGGGUUUCCUCCAGGUGCUCCGACAUGUUCUCCCUGUGUCAGCGUGGGUUUCCUCCAGGUGCUCUGUCAUGUUCUCCCCGUGUCAGCGUGGGUUUCCUCCAGGUGCUCUGACAUGUUCUCCCCGUGUCAGCGUGGGUUUCCUCCAGGUGCUCUGACAUGUUCUCCCUGUGUCAGCGUGGGUUUCCUCCAGGUGCUCUGACAUGUUCUCACUGUGUCAGCGUGGGUUUCCUCCAGGUGCUCUGACAUGUUCUCCCCGUGUCAGCGUGGGUUUCCUCCAGGUGCUCCGACAUGUUCUCCCUGUGUCAGCGUGGGUUUCCUCCAGGUGCUCCAGCUUCCUCCCACAGUCCAAAGACAUGCAGGUACAGGCUCCCCAACCAUGACCCCUCCCUCCUCCAGUCCUCUGGCACCACCCCCGAGUGGUGUGGCCCCGCCCCCUCUACACCCAGCUCGUCCUCCUCUGGGCUGUGUGGUCACGCCUCCUCCCCCUAUGGGACCAAUGAGAAGUCAGAGAGAGGCCGACAGCAGCCAAUCAGAGAGCGAGCCUGAUGUAGAGGGCGUGGUGUUGGUGUUGACCCGAGCGCUGGCUGCCUGCAGACACACGGUUAAAGACCAGGUGUGUAACGAUGUGGCAAAGAGGCUCCGCCUCCUGGAGGACAGCUGGAGGUCAGGUAGACUCAGCCAGCCUGUGAGGAGACGUAUGCACACCCUGUCUCUGGAGCUACAGUCGGGUCACUGGGACUCAGCUGAUGAGAUCCAUCGCUCUCUGAUGGUCGAUCAUGUGACUGAAGUCAGUCAGUGGAUGGUCGGAGUAAAAAGACUUAUCGCUGAGACCCGGAAACUGAGUCCAGAACUCUUAGAACCACUUCAGAAAGGACCAGUCCAGGACCCUGCAGAACCAGUCCAGGAUCCAGUAGUACCAGUCCAGGACCCUGCAGAACCAGUCCAGGAUCCAGUAGUACCAGUCCAGGAUCCAGUAGUACCAGUCCAGGACCCUGCAGAACCAGUCCAGGACCCUGCAGAACCAGUCCAGGAUCCAGUAGUACCAGUCCAGGACCCUGCAGAACCAGUCCAGGAUCCAGUAGUACCAGUCCAGGAUCCAGUAGUACCAGUCCAGGACCCUGCAGAACCAGUCCAGGAUCCAGUAGUACCAGUCCAGGACCCUGCAGAACCAGCCCAGGACUGUUAAUCCUGCAGAAAUCAGCAGGUUUCUUUCUACAUUCAGCAAACUUUGACUCUUUAAACCAAAACCAGGACCUGGUGAUAAUCCUCACAUUCAUCCUCACACCUCAGCAGAGGGUCAAAGGUCAGACCUACAGGAAGAAGUAGGGGGUCAGUGGUUUCCUGAAAGACACCAUGUGGAUACGGCUCUGGCCUAGACUGUAUUUUAUGUCUGGACUCUGGACUGUGUAGACCAGGUGGUGUCAUCUCCAGCAGGAUGAGGGAGAAUUAAAAACCCUCUCGAGACUCUGGUUUCUAGACUCUGGGUCCUGUACUGUAGAUUGUGGACUCUGAACCCUGGACUGUAUACUCAUGACUCUUGACUUUGGACUCUGAACUCAGGACUCUAAUUUCUGGACCCCAUACUCGAGACUCUCGACUCUCGACUCUCGACUCUCGACUCUGUACUUGAGACUCGGGACUCUGGACUCUGACCUAGACCCCAUACUCAAGACCAUGGACUCCAGACCCUAUAUUUGAGACUCUGGACUCUGGCUGACCCUUCAAUCACCUUGAACACCCAUUUAUUCUCUCAGCAGACUUGUUGUAAUCCCCCCAGAUCAGUCCUAGUAACCUGGCAUGACCCCCGUAUGUCUGUCCUCUUUCUGGACUCUCCACCUGUCAGUGAUCUGAAGUCAUGUGACAUAUCAGCCAAUCACAGCAGAGCUCUAUGCAUCAGCAGCAAACCUCAGUUUAAAGGCUGCGACUGUGACGACGUGGAUCCUGACCUUUACUCUCUGUUAUCAUGACGGAUCUGACACGAAUAAAUCUGUUUUCCUUUCUUUCUACAGAA